CAUGUGGUAUAAUUUCAAAAACUUGUAUUUUUACGUUUCACAAUUUCAGAUAGAAAACUCAAGUGUCCAAUAUAAAAUGAAUACUUAAAGACUUGAUUGUUUUAUCUAAAUUUAUCUGAAUUUAAAGUUUUCGAAAUCCCAAAACUUCAAAUGAUCAACUACACAUUUUAAAGAGGGAAACUCAAAGCACAUAAAUCCAGAUAUUUGAUCUUUUAAUCAUCUUUUGACCCCUAAGAUUUAUCUUGAGAGCCGCUGAGGGGUCCCGACCCCAUGUUGGGAACCACUGCUAUAUUAUGAGCUUAUGAGAUAAUUCUAAACAACGUCAUCUUUCUUAUUUUAAGUAAUCCGCCCACCAAAACCAGCGUCCCCUGCUACUGUUUGAACAGACUUCAUGUUAUGUUAUGAGAGGAGCUUACAAGAUUUGAGAGUAUAAAAAAUAAACCAAGAGCCACAUGCAAGACAUUUGAAAACAAACUGUGACCAACAUUAGCUCUGCCAGCUGGGCUGUGUGACCACUGAAAUAUCAUCCAGCAAGCCGUGUAAACAAUUAUCCGGUCUGAGGUUAAGCCCCAUUUUUAUCAGCUGAGUCCUGUUACAGUGUUUUCCAAGAACAGAGUUAGAUUGAAAUCAAAGGCAAACUUUUAGGGCAAAGAAAAGCGCAAAGUACAACUGGGACUAGUCGAUAAGAUGUGAAUACAGGGGGGGAAAACAUGCGCCCAAAUCAAUAUUUAAAAAUCGAAAACUUGGUUCAUCAUAUUGGUUGAUUUAAUAAGCAAUCAAACAUUCACCAGUGUGCAAAUAAGGUGAAGGUGAUGAAUCAUAGACAAAUUAUAUUCAACUAUAUGACAAUAAUACAAAUUGUCUUAUUAGACAUUUCAAGUCAAAGUCAAAGAGUCUUAAAAAUGUCCAUCCAGCAGCUCUCAAUUCUAAAUGACAUACUAAUAUAUACCAUGUUGCUUUACUGGAAUAUUUGUUUAAGUUUUUUAAUCUUGGAUCUACUUUGGUAGUGUGCAGUAUUUUUCUCUUUCUUCUCUUGAUUGCACAUGUAAAAAUCACUAAACUUUAAAUACGCAGUAUUCCGUUUAUCACAACUCUUGGGUCGAGGAUUUCCAUACAGACAGACUUCAGGCCAGACAGAUAUUUUCAAAGCACGGGGCAUCUCAGUCAAAACAGAGGAUUCAGAGCUCAGCUCAUCAGUUAGGAAUACUUGAAUCUAAUCGAGUCAAUAGCAUCUUAAUUAGAUAAAGUAUUGUGGAUUCAUCCCGGUAACAUCGUGACUGACCAAUGGGUCCAGUUCACAACCUCUGCCAUGACAUCGUCUUUCUCACUACUCAAACUAAUAACAAAUAGCCUCAUGAUAUAUGACAGUAGUAGAUAUAAUAAUCUAUAAGCCUUUUUCUCAGAUGACCACAAGACUGAGUCAUAGAAUCAACAGUGGCUUCAGUAUAGGAGUUUUUGCAGUUACCUUUGUACCCGUGUUUCUGGGCCCAUUAUGUUGUUUGACUGUAAUGGACAACUGGGCAAACACAGAUAACCUGACAUCCCACAGAUAUUUCAACUGCAGCCAUAAUGCAGUGCGAUAGGAGGAAAACAUGCCGAGCAAUCGACAAAGUGAAAGCUGAUUCUCUGAGAGCUGUAUUCUGAGAAAUAACACAGAGUACAGUGGAUGAGGCAGCCUGAGGAAAAGUGUGUUUCUUCAAUUACUCCCAUUCAACUAAUUGACAAGACUAACUGCCCGGUUUGGCCAUCUACUGCCAUCUAGUGCAGUGAUUUGUGAUUACCAGCUUCAUAAAGUGAGCUACCGAACCUCUUCCAUGUAAUAGCUGCAAGAUGAUUACUUUGAUUCUGGUUCGCAAUAACUGUGAGACUCGCGGCUACUUUUUCAUCCCCAUGAAAUGCUUGUUCUUCAAUUCUCUUCCCCAUAGGAACAGCUCUAUUUCCCACAAGCGUGACGCACAAACACUGUGGUGUUUUGUUACAACCUGAAGAGCAUGACGCUGUAGGGAAGCUGGAUGUAUCUUUUUCAUUGAUAUCUGAGUAAGUAAGUGUGAUUUGGUGCACAUACAGAAUAUAAUCUGCACAUAUUUUAUAUCAGCAGCAGCUAAUUUAGAUUACAAAUUAAACAUAUUUCCACAAUCUAGGCAAGUUUGAUCUGUGAAACCUAUGACAGCAAUAAAUCCUUUACAUAAUAUUCAAAGAUUAAAUCCAGCUCAUGUUGAUUCUACAUACACUAAGUGAUGCCUCUUGACCUGCAGUCUAAGUCAUUGGUUCUUCAUUAAUUUAAGGAGGCUAAGGGCCUUUUGUAGAGCCACCACAACAAACCUUAAUAAGGAGCAGAGAGUCUUCUUUGAGCUGAUUUGUUGUCAGUGUUAGAGGCUGGAGCUAAUACAGUUGGGACUGGCCUCGCCCUCGCCUGCACCUAACCCGAUCCUUUCAUGUGCAGACCGGCUGGUCUAUUUGAUGAUAGCUCACUGUGAUGGCAAAAGCAAACUCCCCCGACCCACAAAUUAGGAAGUGAUAAACUCAUCCAUCACCGUUGCCGGGGUGACCGUAUCCAAAUACGUGCUGUAGCCUGGCAACAGUGCCCAAACAAAAGGCUCGCUGCUAGCAGGCUGAUUUGCCUGGCUGGGUUCAAGAUGAACCGACCCGGCAGCUGCCUUGAAAAAGUGGUCAAGCAAAAUGGAGACCCAGGAGGUCAUCUCUCUGUGUUUACCAAUGCCCACACUGAAGCAUGGAGUCCUGAAACAAGGCUAUUAUCUGCCUUCAAGAAAGACACUCACGCCAGGAAGGCUUACCUGGCAGGGAGAGAGUAUUACAGCGAGGAUGGGAAGACCUUUGAACUGCGUCUUGUUAGGAAAAUAAAGCAACAGCUAAGCGCUGAUCCCACUACUCGUCCGGAGUAUCCAUCCUCUCUUGGUCUGACCGAAUUCACCAGGCGAGCCACAGAGGUUGCUUUGGGGAAGAGCUCUCGUGCUUUAGUGGAGGACCGGGUGUUAGGUGUCCAGACUCCUGGUUUUACCGCUGCUGUGCGUCUUGGGGCUGAACUCUUGAGACACUGGUAUGAUGUCUGUGCCGUUUGGUGCGGGCCGGUCUACCUCUCUUCCCCUUGUGAUGACUCUUUGGCUGGUAUCUUCCAGGCAGCAGGGAUCAAAGAUAUCCGCGAGUAUUAUUACUGGGAUGACAAGCAGCGGGGCGUUUGUUUGGAGAAGCUUCUGGAGGAUUUGGAGAAGGCUCCGGAGCAAAGUGUUGUUGUUCUGUCGGUGUCUGCCCACUAUCCAACCGGAGCAGACCUCUCUCAGAAUCAAUGGGCUGCGAUUACAAAACUCAUCAUGAGGCGUAGGCUUUUCCCUUUCCUCUUGCUGCCUCCUCAGGCGCUCUGCUAUGGAGAUUUAGAGCGGGGUGCCUGGCCUGUUCAGUAUUGUGCAUCGCAGGGGCUGGAGCUCCUCUGCGCUCAGUCGUUCUCCCACUGCUUUGGACUAUAUGGUGAGGCUGUCGGACACCUACUGUGCGUCUUAAAGCACAACUCCCUCUUGUUAUCGAUGCAGUCUCAAGCUGACAAAAUAGUCAGGUCGCUGUGGGCCCAGCCAGCCGUAGGAGGAGCACAUGUUGUUGCCACAUUGCUCGGUAACCCGGCCCAUCUUGUUGAAUGGAAGGAAGAAGUAAAGCGCAUUGUGGAGAGAUGUAUGCUGAUCAGAGAGAUUUUGAGAGAAAGGCUGAGGCUUUUGGGAACUCCAGGUUGCUGGGACCACCUGACUCAACAAGGUGGACUCUACUGUUUUACAGGCCUGAAAGGUGAGCAAGUAGAAUUUCUGUCUAAGAGGAGACACGUGUACCUGCUCCCCAGUGGCUGUCUAAACGUGAGUGCAAUCAACGGUCAGAACUUGGACUACAUUGCCGAGUCCAUCUAUCUGUCUCUGACCACUUCACUCUGACCAUGUGGCUUUUGAUCAAGCACCGAAAUCAGCCCGACUGAAACUCUCAUUUAGAUCGAACCUUUCAUGUGUCACAUUGAAAUGCUCAGUUCCAAGGUGACUGUAAUUACUCAUUGUAGGCCCGGCUAUUGCAAAGAAAAUGCUGGUAAACAUACAGGAAAUUGUAGAGCAAAAUAGAAUUGCUUAUUGAAUUGCCGCGGACCUUUCAUGACAGAGGUGCAAUCAUUAGUAAUUGUAACAGAGACCAGGCUGUAGUGGCCCUUCAGGUGAGAAGACAGGAGUAUAGGAUGUGGUCAUGGUGUCCAGUGUGUGGUAUAUAGGCUACAGUAGGUCAGCCAUAGGUAAAACAAUAUGACUGAUCUUUUUGUUUAAAUGUUGUUACUUUAGCUGCUAUUGUCUGUAAUAAAUACAGGCAGUCGCUCAAAAACCUACAGGGGUAAAUGUAUAUUCAUAUAUUCAUACUUUUGAUUUUGUUUUGAAGAAAAUGUCUAUGACGUUGCCACUAGGUCAUUUUGUCAGGGCUUAACCCCACAGAGUAUAAGAUAUACUGUAUAUCUACAUACACAGUCUAUGCUUAACCCUGAAUGUUUGGAGUGUAGGCAGGAAAAUAAUUUUCAAUGAUAGCCAAUGUGAAGCUCAUUGUGAAUGUCAGACAGUUCAUAAUUAAUCUGGAGAGUAAACAAAUGUUUUUCAGUUAAUUAAGUACUUUAUAUGUGAAUAGAGUGCCAGAGUGCAUAAAAAAAGCAUAAAAAAAUAGAGCUUGUUUAUCAAAAAAAAUCCAUCAAUCAUCUGUUGAGUAUUAAACAUCUACAUGUAUUGAAAUAAAUAAAUAUGUAAGUAAAUAAAA